AUGGUUGGCUUCAAGAUCUCUGCCGGGCUUGCUCUCAGCAUCUUGAUCAACACUGGGGAGGUUUCCGCUCAUGCCCGUCUCUACAACAAUUAUGGAGAUUACGACCAGUCAAAACUAGGCGGGUCUCUAGCUCACGCCUAUGAUAUUCCCGUUAUAGAUCACGGGGACCACCAACAUCCAGGGCAAUGGGAUGUCAAAGUUUUCAGUGACCCUGUCAUUCCAGCUACUUGGGAAAGUCCCUUUAAGCAUAUUCCGCGCAAGUAUAUGCCACAAGGAUGUGGUGCUGACCUGCAUUUCAUCUUUGCUUAUAAUAUGGCUCAUCGACGUGGUGAGAUCAAUCCAGCAAAUCUCCAAAAUGAUCAUGUAACAUUAUGGAAGCAUCGGAAUUAUCACUUUUUCAUGGCUCCAAUUCCCCAAGGGGCGCUCGUCAAUACAAAGCAGCAGAUAGAUUACAAUGCUAAACAUGGCAGAAUUGCUCAGGUUACUCCCGGAGGCUGGCUCGACAUAAGAUCUUAUCAAGUGAACGCCGACGGCGCAGGCCCAUUCAAAUGCCGACUCGACGAGACCUCCACAGGUCAGCAUUUUUCAACUCAGCUCCCAAUUCUUAAGGAGGUACCCGGUGGCCCAGGCUCGGUCAAUUGGCACUCGGCCAAGAAGGCAUACAUCAUGCGGGUCGGAAUCCCCAAAGAUAUCAAAUGCCUCGCUCGAUACGGUACCUACAACAACGUCUGCCUUAUGAGAUGUGAAAACCAAGCCCACAACGGUCCGUUCGGCGCAUGCAUCCCCUUCCAGGUUAUGUAUCCCAAGCCUCCAGCUGCACCGCCCAAGCCGGUUUAUAUAGAUGUAAAGAAGCCAGAACCGGAACCGAAACCCGUCUAUGGUUAUGCUGGCUAUGAUGUUGGGAAGGGAAAUUAUAAGGAAGGCGCUUAUGGGAAGAAAGUGAAGCGAGAUAUUGAAAGAAAGAAGAUAAGGCGUGCUGCCAACGCCGAAACAGAUACCCAAUCUGAAGAUACUGAAGUGAAAGCUUAA